ACGAGUGAGUGGGUGAAAGAUGAGAGCAAGUAUGGGCAUUAUGAAAGUGUUAGUCCUCCUCACUUUCACAAUCAAAUAUUUGAGGGGCCCGAUACUGAUAUCGAGACUGAAAUGAACCUUGCAAAUGCAAGGCGAACCAAGGGUGAAGAUGCCACUGAUGAUGACACCCCAAGUACCUCUGGACGCCAAUUUGCAGACUCUCAUGUUUCUCAGCGUUUUGGCCAAUCUCCCCUACCUGCUUAUGAACCAGCUUUCGACUGGGAAAAUGAGAGGUCAAUGAUAUUUGGCCAGAGGACUCCAGAGAACCCUGUGGUACACCAUGGCAGUGGAUUGAAGAUCUCUGUGAAAGUUCUGUCCCUUACGUUUCAAGCUGGAAUUGUUGAGCCAUUCUAUGGUACAAUUUGCUUAUACAAUAGGGAGAGAAGAGAAAAAUUGUCAGAAGAUUUCUAUUUUAGCAUUCUACCAACUGAGAUGCAGGAUACUAAUAAAGUAUCUUCAGAACCUCGUGGACUUUUCUAUUUAGAUGCUCUGUCCGCAUCUGUGUGUCUACUAAUCCAAUUAGAGAAGCCUGCAACAGAAGAAGGGGGAGUGAGUCCUUCUGUUUAUUCACGUAAAGAACCUACUAGUAAAGUAUCUUCGGAACCUCGUGGACUUUUCUAUUUAGAUGCUCCGUCUGCAUCUGUGUGUCUACUAAUCCAAUUAGAGAAGCCUGCAACAGAAGAAGGGGGAGUGACUUCUUCUGUUUAUUCACGUAAAGAACCUGUUCUGGCUGAAAAAGAGUCUGAAGAUGGUGUAUUUCGAAUGCUUCACAGUGAUGUAACCUAGUUUUUUACCACCAUUCUUAUUGGCACUACGUACUAGUCUUUCCCAUCAUCACUUAACUGAUCCAGUUCUGUGUGUCUAUGUUUGACCUUGGUAUGUGAUUUAUUUUUAGAUUCCAUUUUUGUCACUAGGGUGGUCAAUAUUGGAACAACUGCUUUAGUUACAGACACAGCAGCAGCAAUAUUUGGAGAAGCUGGUGUUAGUACAACAACUGGAAUAGUGACUCUAUGUAUAUAAGAAUUCUAUCCUCUUUAUGUGCCCCACAAAUCCAACCUCCUUGCCUACCUCUAUUCGUGCUUGUAUGUAACUCAUUGUGAAUUUGUAGUAAAUUAGAGUAAAAGGC